AUGCAACCGGUCCAACCUAUUGCUGAAGGACAGCGAACAAAAAUAAUAUACACACUUAUCAAGGAUCAAAAGUACAAGGAGGCUAUAAAUUAUUUGAAUUACGAGUUGCAAUUCUGUCCGAAGAGCAGAGCCUUAUCUUUACUCGCAUAUUGCCAUUACAUGAAUUAGGAUUUCACUUCUGCCGUUGGCAUUUAUGAACAAUUGGUGAAGUACUAUCCUGAGAUUGAUGAUUAUAAGAUCUACUUGGCAUAGUCAUAUUACAAGGAUAGUCUAUACGAUGAGGCAUUGAAAGUGUGUGCUUCAAUUGAGAAUCCUCAAUAUCAAGGCAAGAUGGUGUAAUUGUAAGCUCUGAUUCGAUAUGAGAAGAGCGAAUUUCAACAUGCGAAGACAUUAUUAAAAUAGAAUAACAUGGACGAUCCAGACUCAGUCAUUAAUGAAGGGUGCAUUUUAUUCAAGGAGAAUAAGUUCGAUGAGGCAAGACAGCGAUUUCAGGACGGAAUGAAUUUGACUGGUUACUCUUGUGAAUUGGCCUACAACAUAGCUCUGUGUUAUUACAAAUAAAAACAAUUGGCUCAAUCUCUCAAGUACAUAGCCGAGAUCAUUGAGAGGGGAGUGAGAGAAAGACCAGAUUUGGGAGUAGGUUCAAAUGCAGAAGGAAUCGAAGUCAAGAGUGUUGGUAAUUCCUAAGCAUUGAAGGAGUCUGCUUUGAUUGAAGCAUUCAAUUUAAAGGCAGCCAUCGAAUACUCUAUCAAAAAUUUUGAUGCAGCAAAAGAAGCUUUGGUUGACAUGCCUCCGAGAGAAGAGGACGAAUUGGAUCCUGUAACUUUGAUGAAUCAAGCCUUGAUGAACAUAGAGGAGAAAACAGCGGAAGGGUUUAAAAAGUUGAAUCAUUUAUUGCAAAAUCCGCCAUUCCCUCCUGAGACAUUUCCGAAUCUAUUACUGUUGUAUUGCAAAUAUGGCUAUUAUGACAUGGCAGCUGAUAUUCUAGCUGAAAAUGCAGAUCUCACUUUUAAGACCAUUAGUUCAGACGACUUUGAAUUUGUAGACGCAUUGAUUUUGAGUGCAGCGAGUCCAGAGGAAUCCUUUAGAAAGUUUUAGAUCUUAGCAAACAAACAUAUAGACACUCUACGAAGGAUCACUAAAUCAAUUCAGGAUGCAAGGUUGAACAGGGACAACGAGGGAAUCAAGAAAUCGCUUAAGGAAUUCGAUGAUUGUUUGGAGAAGUUCAUUCCUGUAUUGAUGGCACAGGCUAAAAUAUAUUGGGAUAAGGAUAAUUAUUCAUAGGUGGAGAAACUGUUUAGACAGUCAGCAGAAUUUUGUGCUGAUCACGAUGUCUGGAAAUUAAAUGUGGCACAUGUAUUUUAUGUGCAAGACAAUAAAUAUAGAGAGGCUAUUCGUUAUUAUGAACCUAUUGUUAAGAAGAAUAGUGAUAAUCUAUUGUCAUUGACUGCAAUAGUGAUUGCAAAUUUGUGUGUUAGUUACAUUAUGGUCAAUCAAAAUGAAGAUGCUGAAGAGAUGAUGCGUAAAUUGGAAAAGGAAGAAGAGAAAUCACAGUAUCAAGAUCCAGAGAAAUCAGUGUAUCAUUUGUGCAUUGUAAAUUUAGUUAUAGGAACACUUUAUUGUUCAAAAAAUAAUUACGAAUUUGGUAUCUCUAGAGUUAUCAAAUCACUUGAACCAUAUAACAAGAAAAUUAACACAGAUACGUGGUAUUAUGCCAAGAGAUGUUUCCUUGCUUUGAUCGAAGUCUUGGCCAAACAUAUGAUUAUUCUUAAGGACACUUCGUAUAGUGAGAUCCUGGAUUUCUUGGAUGCAGCUGAUCAAUGUGGCAAGUCUAUCCCCUCUGUAAUUAACCCGCUAGAAUAACUUGAUGAGAAACACACGAUAUCAUAUGAAGCCAGGAUGAUUAAGAGGAUGUUUUUGAAAUUAAGAACAUGA